CUCAAAGCCUCACAACCAGUUCUCAUCUUUCUUCCUCUCUGCUUCCUUUCUUCUCUCCGACAAAGUUUACAGAAUUUUUCUGGUGGUUUGAUUUUAUUGUUCCAAAUUUGGUUGCUGCAGUUGGGUUUUUGGUUUCAAAGAUUCUGAGCUGAGCUAAUGCAAAACCAAUAGCUAAACCAGAGCAAAGUAUUACACACAAACAUGUUGGAUCUUAACAUUAAUUUCACCGACAUAACUAAUUCAAAAUCUAUGGAGGUAGAUGAUGCCGGGACAUCCAACUCCUCCGUCGUCAAUGCCGACGAAGCUCCGACUCCAGGCAAUGCCGGAGACGAAGACUCCACCAACAAUACCACUUCCUCUUUCAUGUUUGAUAUCCUGAGGAGAGAGAAAGACGGUCUCUGCAUUUCUGGGGACGGAGACCAGACUCAGUCUCUGCAGUUCGUGACGAGGCCGCUUUUUCCGGUGGCCGGAUAUGGCGGAGGAGGCAAGGAGGGGGCAGACUGCGGGUUGGGAUUGUCGUCAUCGUCCUUGUCAACGGCAAGGACUCACUGGCUGAACCUUUCGUUUGCCGAGUCUGGAGGGCAGACUCAGGCGGAGCUUAGAGUUGUGCAGCAGAAAAAACAGCCGCCCCGGAAAAGCCGUCGCGGGCCGAGAUCCCGGAGCUCUCAGUACCGCGGCGUCACGUUUUACAGGAGGACAGGGCGGUGGGAGUCGCAUAUAUGGGAUUGUGGGAAACAGGUUUAUUUAGGUGGAUUUGACACUGCUCACUAUGCAGCUAGAGCAUACGAUCGAGCUGCAAUCAAAUUUCGCGGAAUUGAUGCUGAUAUCAAUUUUAAUGUAGGAGAUUAUGAGGAAGAUAUGAAACUGUUGGGGCAUCUGAAUAAAGAAGAAUUUGUGCACGUGCUUCGUCGCCAAACCACAGGAGCCUCACGUGGGAACUCGAAAUACAGAGGUGUAGCUGCAGUUCCUCAGCCUGAAUGUGGUGCCAUUUGGGAAGAUCGAAUGGGACAAGUUCCUCGGAAAAAGGUCUUUGAAAAGGAGGCCAUCAAAUGCAGGACCGGAAGAGAAGCAGUUACAAACUUUGACCCUAGUAUCUACGAAGGGGAGAUGGUUUUAAAUGCUAGCGUUGAAGGCAGUGGUCACAACCUUGAUUUGAGCCUACGGAUUUCUCAACCUUGUUCUGCUGGUCAAAAGAGGAUUGGAAAAUUAGGGGAUUUUCAAUUUCCUAAAGAGAGGCCAAUGGUUAAUGGGUUUUCUUCUGCAGCUAUGGGACAACUCCCUCAUGUUCUAACGACGGUAGCCAAGUGUCCUGCCCUAUAUCCAGGCUUCGUACAAAGACAUGGGGAAAUAACUUCAGAUCAUAACAGAUUGCAACCAAUUUCUUCGCCGAGAUACACAAAUUGGGCAUGUCAAGUUUAUGGAAACAACAACAAUGUCAGCCCAAUGCAAGUGUUUUCUAUUGCAGCAUCAUCAGGAUUCCCAUCUUCUACAGCUACUACACCUCCUCCGUCUGCUUCCCUUCCUCCGAACCUCCAAGAUAGCAGCGCUUCUGCCUACAGUCUCGAUUGCCUUCCUUUCACGGCCACGGCCAACAUUUACUAGUGCUUUUGAAGGGCUGGCUAGGUCAUGAGUAUAUGUACUAGUUUGUAAUGCGCAGAGAUGUUUAUUUUUCGUUUCGAAUGUGUUUCAUAUUUUCAAACAUAGAGUGCUAUAUAUAUGACCUAACAUUGUCCUUGUAACUGUUAUAUGUGAGCUUCAGUUGUAAGUAAA